UUUAAAUGACAAAGCCCCAUACAAAAACCAUAUUAUGUCGUUUAAAUUUCUUAUAGUUGCUCAAAAACAAGUUAUUACAAUUUAGAAACUUUAUUAUCCUAAUGAAGUUGUGUAGUAAGUUCUCCUGUCAAGAGAGAAUUUCUACCACGUUUAACAUGUAAAUAACGUAAAAACGAAAGUAUGGUCAACCCGCGUUUUAUUGUAGACUACACUGAGUGACCCAGUAUAAAUACUCACAUGGAUCAAAGCUAAGUUCUCUCAAGAAACAAAGUAAAAGAAAAAAAAAAGAACAAAGAGAGAAACAUAUUCUCAGUUUCUUUACAUGAAUAUAAACUGAGAACACAAUUGGUCUUUUAUUCUCAAAAGUCCUCCAUUUCUUCACUUUUUAGGGUUUUUUCUUCUUUUUCUUCGGUUCCUAUCUUCACCAAUGGAUUCUUUUAGCUCUCAGAAAACUAAACCAAGAAAGACAAAAAGGCUUGCGAAAAAGUCUCGUGUUCAGAUAAUCUUGGACCUGUUUUACCGGGCGAUCGAGAUAGUUCUUGUUCUGGUUACAGUAGCUAAGCUAUGCUAUCAGCUCGUUAUCACGUUGCAUGAUUCUGGUGUCGCCGCGGUUGUUAUCGCAAACCGCAAUCUUGCGUUUGUUGUAGCAAACGCGAUAGUCAUCGCUCUAAUCGCGAAAUCAGGCCUUCUCUUGAAUCAAGAAGUUGUUACGAAGUCCAAACGCAACGCUCUUUACGAGGAGUUUGUUCAAGAGAGCUCAAGGAGAGAUGAAGGAAAACAGAGCGAAGCAGAGAAAGAGACACUGAGCAUAACUGAGACCAUAGCCAAACAGAGCAAACCUGAGAAGGCUACAAAACAGAGAGAUUCAGUGAAGAGAGAGAAGCAAAGCAUAGUUGAGCAUCAAGAGAAGAAGAUGGAGAAACAGAAGAGACAAAGUCAGAGCUACCAACGAAGCAGGUCGGAGAAUUUGGAGGGUUUGGAGAAGAGUUCAUGUGGAAUAUUAAGGAGAUCAGAGACGGAUACGUCAUCUGAUAGAUUUGAUUCUGAAGAUGAACUCCGGUACAAGAUCGAGUCUUUCAUUGCAAGGCAGAGGAGGAAUCAAAAUGAUGAUUAGCUUGGUAUAGCUUAGAUAAAACACAUAUAUUAAAAUAUCAAAGAUAGUUUUUGCAAAUACCAUUCACGUAUAAUAAUGUGAGUGUUUGUUAUAAAAGGGUGAAAAUAUUUUAAAUCCUUGGCAUAAAUUUUUGUUUAUCUUUUUAUUCUGUUGUAUUUCUUUGUAUAAUAUUUUUGGUAAUCCAGUAUAAUAUAACAAAAAUGAAUAUUUUUGUA